UGCUGCCUGCUCGUACCCGCUGCCACACAGGUGACUGGCGCAGGUGAGACAUGGCGGUGAUCAGUAGACACCUGGCGGCGAGGAUCGGCUCCGUGGGGGCCGGCGCGCUGCUGCUGCUCUGCGUCCUCCGAGAAGUCCGGCGGCUGCGGGGGAACGGCGCUGAAACUGAACCUGGGCCUGCACACAAAAACAAUAAAGUUGGGAAGAAAGGAGGGACAGGGGUGGACAAGGCCUUCUUCCUGCGCCUCUACCGCAUAUUGAAGAUCAUAGUGCCCGGUAUGUUCUGCAAAGAGUCAGGGUACUUGCUCUUCGUCGCAGCCAUGCUUGUGUCCCGGACGUACUGCGAUGUUUGGAUGAUCCACAACGCAACCCUGGUCGAAAGUGCCAUCGUCGGUCGCUCGGAAGAAGACUUCAGGAUGUACCUGCUCAACUUUGUCGCAGCGAUGCCGUUUAUAUCCCUCAUAAACAAUUUGCUGAAGCUGGGCCUGAAUGAGCUGAAACUCCUGUUCCGUGUGAGGCUUACCAAGCAUCUCUGUGAUAAGUAUAUGAAAGGAUACACGUACUACAAAAUAGGAAACCUGGACAACCGCAUCGCCAACGCCGAUCAGCUGCUCACGCAGGACGUGGAGAAGUUUUGCAACAGCGUGGUGGAUCUGUACUCGAACCUUUGUAAGCCUCUACUGGACAUUGCCUUGUACAUCUUCCGGCUUACGGCCGCCAUAGGCGUUCAGGGCCCCAUGAUCAUGAUCGCAUACCUGUUGCUUUCUGGACUCCUCCUGACAAAGCUGCGACGGCCCAUUGGCAAAAUGACAGUGAUAGAGCAGCGGUAUGAGGGCGAGUACAGAUACGUCAACUCCCGUCUCAUCACGAACAGUGAAGAGAUUGCCUUUUACAAUGGGAACGUGCGGGAGAAGCAGACCAUCCACUCCACCUUCCAGAAACUGGUGGAUCACUUGCACAACUUCAUCUUCUUCCGCUUUUCAAUGGGCUUCGUGGACAGCAUUGUGGCCAAGUACUUUGCCACAGUGGUGGGCUACCUGGUGGUGAGCCGUCCCUUUCUGGACCGCUUGCACCCCCGUCACCUGCACAGCACUAACGCGGAACUCCUGGAGGACUACUACCAAAGCGGGCGCAUGCUGUUUCGCAUGUCGCAGUCCUUAGGCCGUGUCGUGCUUGCCGGCAGAGAGAUGUCCCGGCUAUCAGGAUUUACAUCCCGUAUCACAGAACUAAUGAUGGUGCUGAAAGAUCUGAAUUCUGGGAAAUAUGAACGUACCAUGGUCUCCCACCAAAAUAAAGUGUUAGAAAGUGAUGCUUCAGAAAAAAUCUGCUUGGUUCCUGGAAGUGGGCAGAUAAUCAAUGCGGACAGAAUCAUUAAGUUUGAACAUACACCUUUGGUCACGCCCAAUGGAGAUAUUCUUAUUCAAGACUUGACCUUUGAGGUGAAGUCAGGGGCCAACGUCUUGGUGUGCGGGCCCAACGGCUGUGGGAAAAGUUCGCUCUUCCGACUCCUUGGAGAACUUUGGCCUCUGUUCGGCGGCCGACUCGUCAAACCUGAGCGAGGGAAGCUGUUCUAUGUGCCCCAGAGGCCCUACAUGACUCUCGGCACUCUGAGGGACCAGGUGAUCUACCCGGACACUCCAGGUGAUCAGCAGCGCAAGGGGAUUUCAGAUCAGGUGCUGAAGGCCUACCUGGACAAUGUGCAGCUGGGACACAUCCUGGACCGGGAAGGGAGCUGGGAUGCUGUAGAGGACUGGAUGGACAUCCUUAGCGGAGGAGAGAAGCAGAGAAUGGCGAUGGCGCGGCUCUUCUACCACAAGCCCCAGUUUGCCAUCUUGGAUGAGUGCACAAGUGCUGUGAGUGUUGAUGUGGAGGACUUCAUCUACAGCCACUGCAGGACAGUUGGCAUUACGCUGUUCACAGUCUCCCACAGAAAGUCGUUGUGGAAGCACCAUGAGUACUACCUGCACAUGGACGGGAGAGGGAACUACGAGUUCAAGCCGAUCACCAGCGAGACCGUCGAGUUCGGCUCCUAGGACUGAAGUCCCACGCAGGACGUGUUCACAAGCUCGAACUGUUUUUGCCUUAAACUUCCCUCAUCAGUACACAACUGAUCCAGUCUGGAUGGAGAACCACUGGCACAGCUGGAUGUCAACACACUUCAUAUGAAAGCUGCCUACAAGGACAAAUUUCCCUUUUUUUUCAUGAAGGAAAUACAUUACAUUAACUUUUUCUCUUUAGUUCAACAUUCAUUCAGGGAAAAAAUUGAAAUAAUGCUCUCAACAAUCUAAUAGGAGAAAUAGAAACACAUGGGUAUGGUGAAAAUGGUUAAGGGAGUUAUUUAUUAUUUGUAAACGAUUCUUAUUAGAUGGACAAAUUACUUUUGCACUAAAAUUUAUUGUAUGUUUUACGCAUAUGGUGGCAGUUUUAACAAGCGUUUAAAUGUUUGUAUUUUGUCGUGUAAUGUUAGUAAAUUAUUAGUGCACAAUUGUAACUGAUUUUAUGAUGUGGCGUCUUUCACUGGACACAUUCUUACUAUCUGUACUGUACGAGAUGUGUGUUUAUUCUUCCGUUUAUACAUAAGUCAAGCAAGACUAAAGUAACUACCAUCAAAUGUGGAUUCAUUUGAUCCCCCCCCGCAUUUGUUUAUUUUGUGUUUAUAAUAGUUGCCUUGAUUUCCAAAAAAUUACAAAUUCCGGUGGUCAAUUAUAUAAUUGCAGCUGAUGUUCAUGACGGGUUUCUGUCAAGGCGAAACGACUGCAGCUGAAUUAAACAUAGUGUUUCUCAUGUGAGAAAUGGUGCAUGAUUUGCAAUAAGCUGUACUGUACAUUAAAAAAAAUGACAUCAGCUGACACCUGUCCAU